UGUAUUUAAAGACCAUUAGCUCGGGCUUCCUGUGUGUACUUUCUGCAGAAUACAGCUCAAAGUUCCUGUGAGUCAUUAUAUUUUAGCUAAGUGUAAAGAUCCGUCAUGGGCUGGCCUCAUCCAAGUUUGAUAUGGUCUCUUGUGUUUGUGUUAGCUGCUGUUGUGCUUUUAGCUCUAGUGGCGCUUCUUGGCUAUGCAUUGUACCUUUCGUAUCUCAGGAAAAAGUAUGCUCACAUUCCAGGUCCUCCAAUCACUGGGUUUUUUAGGGGUAAUAUGGAUGAGUUCAAGAAGUGUACAGAGGAAGGAAAAUCCAUUGAUCAAAUCUUUUACUAUUGGCAUUUGAAGUAUGGAAAAGUUGUUGCAACAUGGUUUUAUCAUGUGUUAUUCAUUGGUCCCUCCUCUGGAUGCUUUGGGAUACCUGUUGUAUCCUCUUGGCUGAGCGGUGGCCUUGGGCCCAUGACAUAUUCAUGUAACCUUUUAUGGACAUUGGGAGGCGGUCUGGCCACUCAAACAAACCAUCAGAAAUGGGCAAAGAGAAGGAAGAUUUUYAACCCUGCUUUUCAUCGCUCUUCUCUGAAGGACAUGAUGGAGGAUUUCAAUACCAGCACAGAUCUGUUCAUUAACAAGCUUCUUCAGAAGGCUGAUGGAAAGACUGAAGUAGUAAUGGUUGAAGAGUUUGCAAGAGCAACRUUAGAUGUCAUUUCUAAGGUUGCAUUCGCUAGUGACUUGGAUGUCAUCAAUGAUGAAAACUGUCAGUUCACUAAAGAUGUAGGAACAAUGCUKGCUGGAAUGCAGCAAGCAUCUUUUGAAGCACCUGGUGGCUUUUAUUGGCUAAAUCCAAGUAAAUGGGAAGGAGUCAAAAAGACCAAAGAYGCCAUCAAGUCAAUCAGAGAGACAGGGAAGAGAAUAAUUGAAAAACGUCAACUUGCAAUCAAUCGUGGAGAGCAAGURCCUAAUGAUAUUCUUCAACGUGCUUUAGCUAUUGUAGAAGAGGAUCCAAGUGCUGACAUUGAAGAUUUGCUGGAUGAGUUUGUGACAUUUUUCAUUGCUGGUCAUGAAACCACUGCRAACAAACUAGCAUUUUGUCUCAUGGAACUCUGUGAUCCUGAUCAUGAAGACAUCACAAAAAGACUUGAGCAAGAAGUGUUUGAAGUGCUUGGUGACCGAGAAAGUGUUCAUUUUGAUGACUUGGCCAAAAUGCAUCACAUUGGAGAGACAUUGAAAGAAACUCUUCGCAUGUACCCAUCAGCAACAGGAACAUUGCGUAUAUCGCAGAAGGAUCAAGUCAUGGAUGGAUUGCUGGUUCCUGCUGGAACAAACCUCAUUUUUAGUUCAUUCGUUUUUUUUAGGCACCCUGAUUACUGGAAAAACCUUUUUUUAUUUAAUCCUUUGAGAUUUGAGCAAGAAGAAGCUGAGAAAAGGUCUCACUACACCUACUUUCCAUUUUCUCUUGGACCUCGUAAUUGCAUUGGUCAGCAUUUUGCUCAGAUUGAGGCAAAGGUACUUCUGUCUUUUUUUUUUCAAACCUUUCACUUCAAAGCCGUUUUUUUUCAGACUAAAGAGAUUMUUGACAGASUUUUUUUCAGACCACGUGACGGGGUUAUUGUUACCCUAAAGAAGAGAAAGAAGCUUGAAUAAAACAAAGCAACGAUGAACAACCACAUGAACAAAAUUUUUUUAUAAGCACGAAAUAGAUCAUGACACUUUCAAUUAGUAAAUAGAACUGUCUAC